GGCGGGGGGCGUUUGCGUGACAAAUGUAGCACCUGACUACACGCGUGUUGUUUGAAACUAGCAUGCAACGAGCACGGUGUUUUCUAGUGAUGUCACUGCUGACCAUAGUAGCGUUCCAAAAAACAGCUAAAUAAAAACUAUCAUGCUUGCAGUAUUUUGCCUGAGGAGAUAACCCCCCUAAAAGGUUUUACCAAUAAUUGUUAAUAGAAGACCAGUCCAGGGUGUACCCCGCCUCUCGCCCUAUCCCUCAGCUGGGAUAGGCUCCAGCAUACCUCCGUGACCCUGAUGAGGAUAAGCGGCAUAGAGAAUUCUAUUUUGGGUUUAUAUCCAAUUAUGGAUGGAUGGAUGAACAUUUUAAUUACAUUUUGCUUCAAAAUCCUCCAUGUUUUUCAAGAUGCUUUCCAGAGUGCAGCACUUUUAUGAAAUAAAAUGACAUUCAGUGCGUGAAAAUGUCCUUUUAAAGGAUUAAAAAUACCCUAAAAAACUAUACGUUUGUCAUCAAAUAAGUACAUUGGUAGUGAAAUGAAUAAAUAGUGUAAAUUCAAUAUAAUCUAACUGUAUUUCACAAUUGACUAACUCCAUGGACAAUGUUAAAAAGAGUCAAGACUCAGGAUGUCAGACUCAAUCAGUUUUUGUCGGGCUUAAAAAUGUUUUUGAUCAAAUAGAAGAGCCUUUCUUCCACAUUGUUUUCAUGCUUGCCUAAAGAUUAGAGACCAUCUAACGUAGGAAACAGGCCAGUAGGAGGAAAUUGAGAAUAUAAAGUGUAUAUUAUCUUGCAUUUUUGGUGAAAAGAGCUUCUUUUGGCGGGAUGUGGCGUGUUGAGCCCAGCUAGUCAGCCGUGUUUGCGGUGCAUCAUCUCACGCAUCGAAGCUCACCUUUUAAACAGAGACGCUCCUGAAUGCACCGCCAUCUUAUUUUGUGUCAUUUCAGGGAUUAUUCAUCCUAAAGAAUCCUACUGAUGGUAAUCAAGACCUAAACAAGCUUUGCAGCGGGCGUAAGAGAUGUAAUGCUUGCACUUUAGCGGGAUUAAGCUGCAGUGUGAACGCGGGGGUGAUCCGGACACCAGAUUGUUGCUGUAAUUAGAAGAUGGACAGGAUCCGUGUUUGUGUCUUAUCGGUGAAUUUAUAGCCGCUCCUGCUCGUGGAGGUUAAACCGGCUGUGAUCCCUUUGCCUCACUGUGACUCUAUAAUGCUAGCUGCAAACAAGAUGGACAGAAAUCCCUCAUAAAAAGCUUACACAGCCCAGCAGAGGCCAAAUUAGUGGUUUACAUGACUGCUUUUCAAGUCCUAAUUCUCUGGGUUGCUUAAUUCCAAAGCCCUUUAUUGGGGUUGUUGCUCAAAUGUUUGGCCUUGCUUGUCUCCUGGACGAAAAGAAACCCCUUUCUGCUCGUUGUAUUGAAUGAUAAGGUCAUGCAAGUGUUAGUGCUGCUACCCCUGACAACUUCCAACAUUUUCAGUUAGAAUUGAAUCAGAGAAUCACAUUGGCCUUUACUCGUCACUUACACAGAGGGACUAGUGAGAUUGCGUCACCCGUCGGUACAUGGUAUGACGGGGGGUAGACCGGACAGCAUGGCUGGGUGAUGAAAGGGGGGAGGAAAGGGUAGAACAAGAGCAAAGGGGAGGAGAGAAAAAAACAAUUGCAAACUAUGCUCCUCUGGUUGAGUACAGUGUGGGACUGGCAAAAAGAACUGGGCAACAUAUUCACAAAUAAGCACACUUUUCAACAUAAGAACUUGAAGACUUCCACCAGGGGAGGGAGAAAGCGGAGUGGAGGUGGUCCAGUGUAGGCCACAGCAAAUGCAGCCAUAUUUCGGCGCCUGUCCGCACCGGGGGGAUGAAGCGCUGAAGCCGUGGGACGGGUGUGUGUGUGGGCCUCGCGAGGUCUCUCCGUCUAGCUCACUCAGCCGCAGGACGGCAUCGUGAUAGCACGGCAACCGCCAUGGAGACGAGCGUGAGCAGGCCCCAGACAAUCAGAGUCAAACAAUCAACAGCUGUCCGUGAAGGGGAGGUGAAGGUAUCUCACUGAAAACGUCUCCUGGAGGAGUUGUUGUAGCAACGACCUUGGCCAGGUAGACGCCGGUAAUGCAGAUUAGAUUGUUUGGGUUAGUGCGAGUAGCCGCAUUCCAAUAGACUCCAUUCUGGUCUCUGGAUCGAUCCAUCAAUCAUGACGGGCAGCUGCCGGGCACGUUGGUCUGCUUCUCUGUCUUUCAUACAUGAGGGCAGUGCUUAAGCCCAAUCAGCAACAGUCCUGUUACCAUGGUUCCCAAAAGGUAGAUGUCCUCAACGGAAAGAAUGGCACGUGACCGUCCACUCGCCCCAACUGUCCAUCACGUAACCAGUGGUGAACGUUCCGUCAGGGCAGUCGAGAUGACUGCGUGGAGAGAGCGGUUUAGAUUUGGAGAGCAAUGCGGAGAGAGGCUCUUCAAAGUGUGAGACGGGACAAAAACCCAACGUGAGACGCAAAGCAGGGAAGCAGAGGGAGAGGAGAGGGAAAACAUGCGACCUCCUUCGUUGGGAGCCAGCAGAAGAAGCAAGCGGUCACAAACCAUUGGAAUGUGUGCAACACGUGAUGGACAGAGCGACGCUCGAGGAGUGAAAUGAGCAACAUGCAUCACCACAGCACUUUGUUCCAAAAGGACGCUUGCUUGUCCAAAUGUUCUUUUGCAUACCUCCAAUGGCGGGACAUUGCAGAGGCAGGUGUUUGCUUGUGUUGUUCACGUUGACAAGGCCCAUUUUUGGGGGGUAAUGUGAACAACAACAUUAAAGAUGGGAUUUUAACCCAAAAAUCCAAACUGGUCAUCAUACCCUGCGGUGUGAACGUAGCCCAAAGUGGGUGUACAGCCUGCCUGUAAGCGGCUGGUGAGCACAAACUGUCAGAUUAGGAGGUCUGAGUCGAUGAUCCGGGCAAUUUAGACGGAUUUCGAGCAAAUGACCACCAAGCGUGUUUGGGUCAACACAUGGGACGCCCCAGUGAGAGCAACGCCACAUCUAGACACACCGAUGGUUCCCAACACAUAAACAAGACUUUUGUGGGGAAUUAAGGCGUGUCCGGUCCCGGAGGAGGUCUUGGUUAUUUUGCCAGUGGAAAAGGAAGCUAAGCGUUUAGGUGUCUUAACUAUGGCCUAAAGUGCUAACAAGGGAUUAGUGAGGUAAACGUCCAAAGAGGUUUAGCGCCCCGCGCUUAGGAGCAGCGCUGCUGCUGCUGCCUCAUGAAGUAAUUACACAUCACUAGCGAGGCGCGCCGAGCCAAGCGGUUGGACGGGAGAUCACAGUGAUGUCAGGGCAGGGAGGGCUUACUGCCGCAGAUAAGGCCCGCUAAUGGAGAUGAAAGCAAUCGCUAUUUAAAAGCUCUUUUUUAGUUAAGGCAGUUAGCCUGGCAGCACAGCGCGCGGCGGGAGAAGACGUCUCUGGGAUGUUCAAACCUUUCUUUUUUCUGGAAUCCGUCUUGAACGCACCUGCUCACUGACGCCUUGAAGUGAAGGAAUCAGCAUCCUGGUGAAGGUCCUUGCCUGCCAAUGAUGACCCCCCGCGAGCAGCUCAGGAAGAUGACGGCGCUGGGCGAGCAGGGCGCUCUGGACGAGAAGCACUGGUACCGGCUGGUUAGCGGCGUGUCCGCAAGCGAGCUGAGACAGAGGCAGGAGAUGAUCAUGAGGAACCAGAUGGCCAUGGCGCCGCAGAUCCUCGCCCAGGGCCAGCAGAGGUUACAGGGGGUGCCGGCCCAGUUUGAACCAAGAUUCAUGGAAAGGGAUUUGGUUCCACCUGCUGAGAUGGUGGCUCCUGAAGCCAGGCAGAUGCACAUGGCACCUCACCUGGGCCCCCCUUUAGCACCACAUGCUGGCGUCCUCCCAGGAAGAACCUUUCCAGGAGCAGGCGGCUACGGCUUCCUGCCCCCAGAGCCCAUGGAAACGGUUGCCCGGCGACAGGAGCUCAUCCACAAGCAAAACAUGGCCAGAAUGGAGAUGAACGCCAUCCUGCACCAGAAGGAGCUGGAGAACGCCCACCAAAAGGGUCUGAUGGGCAUGGAGACCCCCCUGUCCUACCCGUCCAACCCCAUGGCCUUCAGGGGACGCCAGCGCAUGCCCGAGGGCCACGACGUCUUCGUCCACCGCCCCACCCUGGACGACCUCCACUCCGGCAGCCUGCUGAUGUCGGCCGGCCCGUACCCGCCCGUCGGCACGCUGCACAGGGAGCGGGGGCGCAGGGUGGGCAGGAGGCCCGCGGCUCACAAGAGCGCCGACAACCCGGCAGGCGGCACCAAGGGCCCCGCCGAGGACAAGAGCGUGGAGCAGAGCCCGGGGGCCGCGUCCGGCGGGGAGGACAAAGAGGGGGAGGUGAAGGGGGACGCCGGGGAGGAGGGCGCCACCAGCAAGGUGCAUCACCACCACCAUCAUCAUCAUCAUCAACAGAGCAAAGUCGACUUGGAGCUGGCUGGGGGAGGCAGGAAGAGCUACAAGGAGGGGGAGGCGGGGCUGCGUAAGACAGACGGGUGCCAGGAUGUGAGCAACAGCGGCGCCGGCGACAAGGACGGCCAGUCCUUCCAGGAGAAGUUCAUGUACCCCCCGGCUGGAAUGCCGUACGUCUUCCCUGUUACUGGCAACGCCUUCCUCCCGCCCGGUCCGCCCAACCUCUUCCUAAACGGCGACGAGGUGUCGGAGGACGUCAGGAAGUGGAGCGUCAACGACGUGUACAACUUCGUCAGCAGCUUCCCCGCCUGCGCCGAAUAUGCUCAGACGUUUAAAGACCACAUGAUUGACGGCGAGACGCUGCCCCUCCUGUCAGAGGAACACCUGCUGGACACGCUGGGCCUCAAGCUGGGCCCCGCACUCAAGAUACGCUCGCAGGUGUCACGGCGCAUGGGCAGCGUGCUGUAUAUGAUGAACCUCCCGCUCUCCGCCGCCCCCGACAAGCCGGGCGACCGCUCGUCCGAGAUGGGUUCCCCAGUCAACUGCAACAGCGAGGAGAUGAUGGCGAGUCCCCGAGACACCGACGUCCUGAAAGCGAGCGAGCACCUCCACGAGACGGACACCGGUUCACCCCCUCCUGCCGGCGCUGAGGCGGUGGUGUCCGUCCAAUUAUGAACAUUGGACGCCGUCCGUACCACGGAAGUACUUGUUUAUCAAGUUUAUCAUCACAGAUCUGUAGUACCGUCAUCACAGGUACUGCAGUAGGGUAGUGCUUUAGGAGUCGUAGUCCAUUAGAUAAGGUGACGUUUUAUUAGGUAAGCAGUCAGAGUUCUAUCUUGGCUCAUUUUUAGCAGUUUAUUCGUUGAUUUAUUUCUAUUUUGGCAUUUGAAUGUGUACCUUUCUAAACCGUUUGAAUGGAUUAUAAAUAAAGUUUUUUGUUAGUUUUUUUACAUUGGAAGGCGUGACGCUUGCGCAGCAACAGCAUCAUGGAUUUAUGAUCAAUGACAAUACAGUGUAUCGUAUUUAGUCAUGCCAUUCAUUUUAUUGUUGGAAUUAAUCAAGUAGAAAUUGUGUUUAAAGAAAUAUUUUUAAAAAUCAGCUGAUUUGAUACUAUCUAGUAUAUAUUAUAUACUAGAUUUUGUGGCACAAUGAACUCCCAUAUUUGUUCGAAUGUAGUUAUUGAACUGAUUUUGUAUUAUAUUUGAUGGCACAAAAAACUCCCACAUUUUUUUUUUAUUUAGUUGACUGAUAUUAGACUUAUUUAUGGCACCAAGAAAAAAACCCUGCCCAUAUUUUGUCAUCCUACCAUGGUUUGUAUUAUAUUUUGUAAACAUAUUUAUGAUUUACUUAACUCAUUUUCUACUUCUUUAUGGCACAGAAACGCUACCUUGUCAUUCUACCACACUUUUUUUCCCCCAAGUGUAUUUAUUGUUAUUUACUGAUUUUAUACUUCUUUGUGGCACAUAAAAAACCUUCAGUAUGGUGUCUUCUCUACCGCAGUUGUAAAUAAAGUAUUUUUUCAAA